CCGGCUCCCGACGGGGAGUAGCGCACGCCGGGUGUGCGGGGAGUCGUCGGGAGCGAAUCGGAGCUGGGGGCGAACCUCCGAGAGGCGAAGCGGAGGCGCGCGGUCGGCGUCCGGCCGCUGCCGAGCCAGAGUCCGCGGCUGAGCGGCCUACGGGGCCCGGCUGGGCGCCGCGGGAGCCGUGACGCUGUGGAGACGCGGAACGGGGUUGCCGCGGCCUGAGUGAAAUAUUCAAUGAAAAUAACUUGGCCUUUGGAGUGGAAGAAAGACUUAAUUUCAAAUCCUGUUCCCUCACUUUAGUUUUAUGAUUUGGCACUGAUUUACGAUCCUGUGAUAGUAAUCUCAGGCAUACAGUGUUCCAAUAUCAUAUGCACCACCAAAGUGACUGUCUUCCUUCACGUCCAUCCUGCCACUCUGUGCCUUUUGAUUGAAAUACUUUGCAAGAUGUUGGCGUUGCAGAUUUGGAGUGUGCCUGCCUUGGCUCUUUUCCUCAUCUCUGAAACUCUAGGUCAAUUUAUAGAAACAUGUGGUCAUAUCACUCCUGAAUCUCCAGUUACACAUACUCCUGAAUCUCCAGUUAUACAACGUGGUUCUAAUUUCUCUGCAAUUUGUGUACUAAAGGAAAAAUGUAUGGAUAAUUAUAGUGUAAAUGCUAGUCACAUUUUCUGGAAGAUAAACCGUGCUAUUGUUCCUAAAGAACAAUAUACUAUCAUAAAUACAACAGCAUCUAGAGUCAAGUUUAUAAAUAUGUCAUCAAAUGUUCAACUCACCUGCAACAUUCGCAUAUAUGGACAGAUUGAUCAGAACAUUUAUGGAAUCAGAAUAACUUCAGGAUUACCCCCAGAAAAACCUAAAAAUUUGAGUUGCAUUGUGAAGGAAGGAGAAAACAUGAAGUGUCAAUGGGAUCCUGGAAGAGAAACAUACCUAGAGACAAACUUCACUUUAAAAUCUGAAUGGGCAACGGAGAAAUUUGAAGAUUGUAAAACAAAACGUGGCGGCAAUCCCACCUCAUGCACUGUUGAUUAUUCUCCUGUAUAUUUUGUCAACAUUAAAGUUUGGGUAGAAGCAGAGAAUGACCUUGGGAAGGUUAUAUCAGAUCAUAUUGAUUUUGAUCCUGUGGAUAAAGUGAAGCCCAAUCCACCACAUAAUUUAUCAGUCACCAACUCAGAGGAGCUUUCUAGUAUCUUGAAAUUGACAUGGAUCAACUCAAGUAUUCAGGAUUUCCUAAGACUGAAAUACAGCAUUCAGUUCAGAACCAAAGAUUCUUCAACUUGGAUCCAGGUUCCUCUUGAAGAUACACCAUCUACCCGAACUUCGUUCACUGUCCAGGACCUUAAACCUUUUACAGAAUAUGUGUUUAGGAUUCGUUGUAUGAAGGCUGAUGGCAAAGGAUUCUGGAGUGACUGGAGUGAAGAAGCAAGUGGGGUCACAUAUGAAGAUAGACCAUCAAAGGCACCAAGUUUCUGGUAUAAGAUUGAGCCAUCCCACACUCAUGGCUAUAGACCUGUACAGCUCAUAUGGAAGACUUUGCCUCCUUUUGAAGCAAAUGGAAAAAUCUUAGAUUACGAAGUGACUCUCACAAGAUGGAAGUCACGUUCACAAAAUUACACAGUUAAAGACACCAAAUUGAAAGUAAACCUCACGGAUGAUCGAUAUAUAGCCACUCUGACAGCAAGAAAUCUGGUUGGCAGAUCAGAUGCAUCUGUUUUAAGUAUUCCUGCUUGUGACUUUCAAGCUACAAACCCUGUAAUGGAUCUUAAAGCAUUUCCCAAAGAUAAUGUGCUUUGGGUAGAAUGGACUGCUCCAAAUGAAUCUGUAAACAAAUAUAUAGUUGAGUGGUGUGUGUUAUCGGAUAAAUCACCCUGUAUCACAGACUGGCAGCAAGAAGACGGUACUGUACAUCACACCUAUUUAAGAGGGAAGCUAGAGGAGAGCAAAUGCUAUUUGAUAACAGUUACUCCAGUGUAUGCUGUCGGACCAGGAAGCCCCGAGUCUAUAAAGGCAUACCUUAAACAAGCUCCACCUUCUAAAGGACCUACUGUUCGAACCAAAAAAGUGGGAAAAAAUGAAGCUGUCUUAGAAUGGGACCAACUUCCUGUUGAUGUUCAGAAUGGAUUUAUCCGAAAUUAUACUAUCUUUUAUAGAACCAUCAUUGGAAAUGAAACUGCUGUGAAUGUAGAUUCCUCCCACACAGAAUAUACACUGUCAUCUUUGACUAGUGAUACUUUGUACAUGGUACGAAUGGCAGCAUACACUGACGAAGGUGGAAAAGAUGGUCCAGAAUUCACUUUUACUACACCCAAGUUCGCUCAAGGAGAAAUUGAAGCUAUCGUUGUGCCUGUUUGCUUAGCAUUCCUAUUAAUAACCCUCUUGGGAGUAUUAUUCUGUUUUAAUAAGCGAGAUCUAAUUAAAAAACACAUCUGGCCUAACGUUCCAGAUCCCUCAAAGAGCCAUAUUGCCCAGUGGUCACCUCACACACCUCCAAGGCAUAAUUUUAAUCCAAAAGAUCAGAUGUAUUCAGACGGCAAUUUCACGGAUGUUAGUGUUGUGGAAAUAGAACCAAAUGACAAAAAGCCUUUCCCAGAAGAUCUGAAAUCAUUGGACCUAUUCAAGAAGGAAAAAAAUAGUACUGAGGGACAUAGCAGUGGAAUUGGAGGGUCUUCUUGCAUGUCGUCUUCUAGGCCAAGCAUUUCCAGCAGUGAUGAAAAUGAAUCUGCACAAAAUACUUCCAGCACUGUCCAGUAUUCCACUGUGGUACAUAGUGGUUACAGACACCAGGUCCCAUCUGUUCAAGUCUUCUCAAGAUCUGAGUCCACCCAGCCCUUGCUGGAUUCUGAGGAGCGCCCAGAAGAUUUGCAGUUAGUAGAUAAUGCUGACAACGGUGAUGGCAUUUUGCCUCGGCAGCAGUAUUUCAAACAGAACUGCACUCAACAUGAAACCAGCCCAGAUAGUUCACAUUUUGAAAGGUCAAAACAAGCUCCUUUAGUCAACGAGGAAGAUUUUGUUAGACUCAAACAACAGCAGAUUUCAGAUCAUAUUUCACAGUCUUAUGGAUCUGGGCAGAUGAAAAUGUUUCUGGAGGUUUCUGCAGCAGACGCCUUUGGUCCAGCUACUGAGGGGCAAGUAGUGAAUUUUGAAACAGUUGGGAUGGAGGCUGCAGUUGAUGAUGGAAUACCGAAAAGUUACUUACCCCAGACUGUACGAAGAGGUGGCUACAUGCCUCAGUGAAAGACUAGCUCCUGUUACAACUUCUGGAUUACCUGUUAACUAAAGCUAAAAACAUUUUAUCUGUAAUUUCAGAUAAAAGAAUCUUCACUAACUGAAGACGAUCAUUUUGCCCUUAAGGACAAAAAUGUACUGAACCUUCCCAUGGGCUAUUUCCAUUCCAGGUGAUCCGGAAGUCUACUUUAAGCACUACAUAAACUGACUUCAUCCUCUGAAGAGCUGAAUGACUUUGUGCUGUUCAGGAUGUUUGCACUGAAGUAAAACAGAAAGCUUGUUUAAAAUGUAUAAAGUAAAACUUAUCUAAAAAAUAGAGGGUAUUUAAGUAAUCAGCAGUGAUAAACGUGGUGGGCACAGCUGACUUUCAUGAGAAUAGUCAUGAAGUGAAGCAGUUUAGGGAGAGUUCAUAUUAAAAAAAUGUAGAGGAUCAAGGUCAACACCCUCUGCCUCAGCUGACAACAGAGGUCCAGAAUACAUUACUGUGAGCCCAGCCUUUGUUGUCUUAACUCAUAUGUAGUCCUAUCAACAUUAAAUACCUGUUCUAUUCCAUUGGUAACAACGCUACCAGAUACUAGAGAAAAGGAAUUCUGGAAUUUAAUUUAUCAGGUUUAAAAUAUGCGUCUUUUGUUUAUUACAUAAUUACCAAUCUCACUGGAUUUGAAAAUUUGCUCUCUCUCUUUAUUGAAACCUUUUUAAAGUUGUUUCACACUCAGCAGAGUACCCAAAUCAGAGCCAGGUAUGAAUGCCACAAAUAGUCUCAAGUAUUUUAGAAGUUGUUUGCCAUUAUAAAGGCCAUUAUAAAAUAACCAUUUUCAAUAUAUCAUAUGUGAACAUUAUUGACUUUUCUUGUUACUACUUCACAGUAUUUGGUAGAUGAAGCACUUUAUACAAUAUUCCUUUAGCCUAAAGUUUCCCUAUCCUCACUCCCUAGUGCUAGAGCUCAAACCCGGGGCCUCAACAAACAAGGCAAGUGCUCUACUCCUGAGUUAUUUCCCCAGCCCCAUAAAACGUUAUUUGUUUGUUCAUUGUUUUUUGUUACUGUGGUGCCAGGGAUCAAACAACAUGCAGGGCAAAUGCUCUGCUCUUGAACUACGUCCCUGACCCCAUCCCCAGUUUUUUAAAUAUGCUUUGUUUUUAAUUUUAAAUAAGCUGAUGUUGAAUUUUUUUCUUUUUUCUAAUACAUGUUUGAAAGAAACUAAAUUAGAGAAUUUGGGCCAUAUUCAACACAACAAACACAUCCUCAGAAAUGUAAAUAUUGAUCUUAAUAAAUGUGACAGCAAAUGCCCUCAUUGUAGAGACACUUGUUGGAGAGAUUAUUUGAAUAGCUACACACUUCUGCAUUAGGUGGGCCUUAGUUUACCUUGUGACUUAGGAACCUCUUUCCACAUGUUCUGUUCUUUACUGAAGAAAUGAGCUGGGCCUCCAGUUUACUGCUGAAGACACUUUACAUUUAUAUCAUCCCCUUACCCACCCCAUUUGAUGUGGAAGCAGGGGCUAAAGAUAGAAGCUAAGGAAGGGAAAAAAAUAGUUGUAAUACAUUAGUGGUUGACUGCUACUGCCCAGUUACUUAGGAAAAAAAUUGGUUUUGGUGUUCUGCCUAUUUGGAUUACUAAGCUAUAUAUGUCAUACGUGGUUUCUAUAUUUGGAAAACUAAGCUCAAAAUAAUUUGUUGAGGUUCUUGAAGAAUAAAAGUUUUUUUUUUAAGUUGGUGUACAUUUGCAGUUGAAGUAGAAUGUUCACAUUUGACUUUCUGUUGUACAUUUAUCCUUUGCUUUCUUGUAUUUACGUAAUGUCUAUUACUCACAUUUCUUUCACGUAUAUGGUCAUUUUUGUAAGAUUAGCAGAUGCCUUAUUCUGAUACAACCAGUUUACUUUAAGCAGAAUAAACACAAGAUUAGUAAAACAACAGAAUUAGAUGAGAAAAAUUAGGCACCAAAAGUCAAGUAGCGGCAGACUCCUAACCUCACACUACAGGAUAAAGCUUUAAUUAUUCAACAUGUGCUAAUCCACAUCAGGACGAGAAUUUAUUGUUAAAUCUUUAUCAAUAAAUUUAUAUUUAUUUUCCGUUUCUUAUUAAGUGGUCCUAUUUAGCUAUAGCCUUCGUAACAAAUAACAUUGUGAAGAGCAUUCUCGUGUGAAGUUUCUAAAGAGUGUGGGGGAGGAAUUAUAAAAUGUGAACUUAUGAUCUGAAGAAAGAGAUUCAUUUUUAUUCUUUUUUGUUAAUGUUUUUUUUUGCCAAAUCUGGCAGUGCUCAGGGGUUACUCCCAGUUCUGUGCUCAGGGGUCCCUCCUGGCAGGGCUCAGGGGAUCAUACGGUGCUGGGAAUCUUCCUAGGGCUCCAGCAUGCAAAGGGCGUGCUCAGCCUUAUGGAGCCAUCUCUGACCCCAGGAGUUUCAUUUUCUAAAAGGACAUCGUGCAAGCAAAUUUUUAUCUUGCAACUUGUAUAGGUGUUUUAGUGUCCACCAUUGGACUUUGAUUGUCUUCAGUGUUCACUGUCCACCAACUACAAGAACACUUUAAAUUAUAGUCACUAGUUACUGUACAAACUUCCAUUCAGGAAAUACACAUGCCCGAGAGAGAAAGAAUUAUGAAACUUGUUUUAAGUCCAGAAUUACUUUCUUAAAGCAUAUUGAUGUUAUGAUGCAUGUUAAUUUUAGGCAGGCAGAGAAACAAACUUGGUUUUAUUUAUGUGAAUUUUUUUUAUAAAUUAGUGGAUUUAUUACCCAUUGAGUUACUAGUAUCCCAAAAUUUAAAAUUCUGAAACAUCAAAAAAAAAAACCUUUUUGCAUACAAAACUAAUUUGCUUCUUAAUAUAGCUGCCCUUGAAUUUAACAGGCAUGUUACAUUUACUGCUACUAUAAUUGACUAUUAGCUGCUGGUGGUUUUGGUUUCCUACCAUCAUGAAAGCAUAAUGCCGGAUAACUAUUGGAAAAUCUUAUAAACUAUUAAACUCACAGAAAGAGAAAUUGAAUACCUUUUAGCAUGGAUCGGAGGGCUGUCAAUCUCCCCCUCACCAUUGUAGUAUUGUGAGGGGAGGUGAGGAAGCAAAAAUAUUCUGAGUUCUUAUUCUUCUCUAAUUUGUUCAUUUAAUAUAAACCUUGUUCCUGAGAUUUUAAAGCAGCCAUUCCAUAAUCUAACAUACUGUGAAGUUAAAAGUGGCAUAUACUUUCAAAACAUUAAAAUAGAGAAGUAGACUAUAGUAUUCCCUAAAAUUUUUGUUGAUUGACAUAUUGACAAGUUAGUCAAGUGGGGAGAUAUAUUAGAGUCCACAUCUCUCUUCUCUGGUUUUAAGAACAAAUUUCUAAAUCCUAUAUUCCGUUUCAGGUGAUUUUUGUUAAAAAUAGGUAAAAUAAAACAAUAAGCUACAUAAAAUUAAACUUUUAAAGAUUUAUGGAAUAACUCUAGGUUGUGUAGGUUGUAUUAGGUUCUGUUUCCCAGGUAAAAUACAGAUUUGUUUGUUUUUUGCACUUGUCUAUAACUUAAGAAACGCUGGUGCCAUAAAAUGGCAAAAUAUGUAGAAUUUGCGUAAAAUUGGGUUGGACAUAGAUGCUGAGGAGAUUCAACUGUAGCAAACUUACAGUCUAAUUCUUUUUUAGACUGUUUCUGACAGCAGUUACUUUUCAGACUACUUGUAAAUAGAAUUCAGAUGUAAGUCAGAACAAGUUUCCAAAGCCAGUGAAUAUUCUGAGAUUAAUCUAUUUUUUGAGGAUAUUGCUAAGAGUAUGUGCAUUUAGCAUGAUAUUCUGGUAUACAUUGAAUGUUAAAAAUUUUUUUUAAAGGCAGCUCAGGGUGAGCUCUUCUAUUACCUAUUUGCUCCAAAAUUUUAAAGGGCUUUUUGUAGUCAUUUCCUUCACAUUGAUUAACUUCAUUACCCCGUCAGUUCUUUAAAGUUGUUAGAUCAAAAUGAAAAUUCAGUUGAAGAAGGUCAGUGGUGAUAGAUAUUCUAGAUCUUUUAUCCUUAAACACAAUCUGUGUCUGAAUGAUAACUACAUUUUUCUAAUGCUAUUACAUGAAUUCCAUAAUGUGAGUGUUGGAAUAAAGGGAUAUUUUAAUGGUAGAUAUUUGAAAAUUCUUUAGUCUUAAUGUAUAUGAGUUUUGAAUAAUAUACGCUAAAAGUUAGUGUGCAGUUGCUUGUAUUACAGUGUAGUAAUUAGCAUUAGGUAUGUUUCCCAUUCAUAUCGUAGUUAUGUCCCAUUUAUUUAUAUGUGCAAUUCUUUCAAGUUCCCUGGCUGUACUUCCACUCACCUAGUCUAACUUUAUAAGAAGGCUUGUCUAGAGUACUGUUGUAUUUUUACAUUAACAGUGAAUUGCAUGUACUCAUUGUAACCACAGAUACUGUUUUUACAUUUUUAUGUUGACGGAACUCUAUAAACUUUCUCAUAUAUCAGUUCUAAUUCUUUAAUUUUACUGAAUAAACUUUUGUUCACA